AUGGUUGCCAACGAUCUCGCCAAUCACGACUCCAAGCCACAGAAAGGAUCGAGGUCUCCUGCUGAUGAAGCGCUUUUUUUCUACCUGGGCAUUACUGACUUGCUGCCGUUACAUGGUUAUUGCACUGAUGAUCUACGUCGCGUAAAAGUCGUUUGCAUUGGUGCUGGAUUCUCGGGCGUGCUCGGGGGCAUCCGAUUUCCCCAGCGAAUCGCGAACCUUAAUUUCACCAUCUACGAGGAGAAUGAGGACGUUGGAGGAACUUGGUGGGAGAACGGUGGAGCGAGCAUUAUUAUAGGGGCGAAGAAAUCGAAGAGUACAUCAAGCGGACUACUUCACGAGGACAUUGGUAAAUGGGAGGUCUUUCUCGAGGACAUUCGGACGGAGAGAAACUUCACCGAAGAACGCGAUUUUUUCAUCUCUGCAGUUGGCAUCUUGAAUGAGUGGAAGUGGCCGGAGAUUGAGGGUCGGGAACAAUUCAAAGGCAAAAUGGUCCACUCUGCGUAUUAG